CUGUUGCAUUCUCGCGCACAAUAGAUUUGUUUCAGGUAUCUAUUGUAUUUUUUUGCUACAGAAUAUUACUCUGCUUUGGCGGACGCUGGCUAAUUCAGGUAUCCGAAAAAAAAGCGUCCAAAAUGGAAUCAUCCACUCAAGCGUUUUCUCAAGUUCGCGAGUACAGCGCUCAAGAUUUGCACAGCACCGAGGUUGAUCCGCGAUGCCUGGAUGCUAGCUUUCCGUUGGCCUCUCUUUGGCCGGUCUAUCUCUCGUGCUUCUACGUGCCCGGUAGCUAUCGGGACAAUCAUGUCGGUCACGUGCAAGAGUAUUUCGCCUCGAAAGGGCUGCUAGCGACGCAUGUGUUCGGUCGCUCCAAAGAAGAAGACUCCUAUCGGGAACAUCAGGCUAAGACGGGCUAUUACGAUUUUUUGGUUUACUUUUUGCGGCGGCAGGACGCUCUCGAUGCCAUCGAUCGUUGCCAUCGAGAUGCGUACUACGGUGCGCCGCUGAAUGUUUAUUGUGGUCGCGAUCCGGUUUUGUUUGACAUCUGGAAGAGUGCAAAUUUCACCAUUGCCAACGGAUUCCCGAAAGCCGUCGAACGCAGCUUCGAAAACUAUUUUGAAGAAAACUUCCACGUCCGAGUUGCGUGUGCCUGCAGACAUUCUCCGGGCAAUCUGUUGGUUGAAUUCCAAUCACAGGAUGAUUUUUACACGGUUGUCGAAAACUGUUCGCUUUUUCCGGCUAGCGUAGUGGCUCCCAAACAAUCCAAACAACGGUUUUUGGAGCACGACGUCCUUGAGGAAAUUGUGGAACGAAUUCAAUUGGAUCCUGGUUUUUUGAAUAUGCGCCCAUCAGAUUACAUUAUGGACCAUCUUCUGAGAGGUCAAAUCCCGGUGAUCAAUCGAAAUUGGCGCUUAAAUACAGUGCCUGUGUUGGAUUUUUCUUGGAUGUCCCCGAAGCUUAAAAAAGCAAUCACACAACAGUGUAGACGAUCGGCAUCUUUUGGUUUCGAAAUCGAAUGCAAAUUUGGAAAAGAGGAAAGUCCCAACAACAAGAAUGAUAACAGACGUAAAAGUGAUGACCAUCCAGAGGAAGUAAUACAAUUGAACGAGGAAGAAUGUGUCACCGAAAUUUCAAAUAUGGAUUUCAAUGGAAACGAACAGCAAAAGAACGAUUCUAUGGAAAUGGUAACACCAUGUCGCAAAAUGAAGGAAAUUCAAUUAGGUGAGAACUUCCGCUUUAUGAGGAAGCUGUCGAUGCGAGAAUUUUAAUUUUUGCUUAUUUUUUACCAGUAACACAGAGCCAUAA